AUGACUGCAAAAAGAAUUGAUGGGAGAAGACAACAAGAAGAAGCAGUGAAAGAAGCAGGAAAAACUCCAUUUAUAAAAGAAAUUCAAAGAGCACCGAUACCACCUAAGUGCAGUUUACCCGCAUUUACAAGCAUAUUUGACGGUAGUGCAUGCGCGAUCCAACAUGUGAAAGCUUACUCUAGAUGUUCAUUGCAGUGGGAAAAUUAUGAUGCAGUAAUGUGCAAGUAUUUUGCUGCAAGCUUAGCAGGUGAAGCUCUGAAGUGGUUUGAAGGAUUACCUGUAGAGUCCAUUGGUUCGUUCCAUCAUUUACAAAACAUCUUUCUGGGGCAGUACAUAAGUAAUAAUCUAUCAAGACCGGGGAUUGAAACUGCAUUUGGACUUCGCAGAAGAACAAAUGAAAGCUUACGUCAUCUAACGGCUCGCUGGAGAACAAUGUGUAGUGAAAUGGGAAGGCGCGUGGAUGAAAGACAUCUUAUUCUAACGUUCAUAAAUGCUCUUUUCGCAACGGAUCUAUUGUACACCCAAAUUUUUAGAGUAAAAUAUACAAUUACAAUGUCAGAAUUACGCGAAUUUCAAGAAGAAUAUAUAUCCCUCGAAGAAAAGCAAAGAGAUAUGAAAUCUUACCCAGUUGCAAUAUCAGAUUCGAAAGGUAGAAAUACAAGUUUACUUCCGAGACUCACAAAUGCUGUUGCGAGUACAUCGCAGAGAAAUCAAGGAAGGAGUAAUGCAGAAAUGGAACAAAAAUUAGUGGCUAUGGGCAGUGCAGAUCAAGCAGAGUUUGAAAAAGAGUACAGAAAUAAACAACUUCAAAAAUAUGGAAGUAAUGAUACAGUUCAGCCAGGUAACUCUACAGGACAUCAACAAAUUAUAACAAGAAAGCUGGAAGAAUAG